UGCCAAGUGAAGUGAGGCUCGGAAUAGCCGUGGCGAUUGAGAUUGAUUGCGAUAAGACUGAAAGAAGACCCGAGCCGAAAUCUCCACCGGAUUCCUUGUGGAGCCUCAACCUCGACAAUUCACAAACAUACAACUCGCCUCCUCUCUCACUCACCACAUAUCUAAAAGUGAGAAACAAGAGGAAGAUACAGCCAUGGCUUCACAAGACCAACUAGAACUCGAGGCCAAGCGGACAGCCCACGUCGAGCAGCUGUCCGAUUGGCUGCUCCAAAACAGUAGCAUUUACAACAUCUUCCUGUCCGGCAUCAAGCAAACUUCUGUCGUCGCUGGCACCGUCGUCAGCCGCCUCACUCUUACAUCUACACAUCUCAACUCCAAAGGCGGUCUACAUGGCGCUGUCUCAGCUGCCUUUAUCGACUUCACAACGGGACUGGCAAUUGCCUCAUGGGACCUGAGGGAAAAGACGGGCGCGAGCGUCGACAUGCACAUCAGCUACUUGAGCAGCGCGGCGGGAGCUGGAGAUGUCGUGGAGAUUGUGGCGACAGCGGAGAAGGUUGGAGGAUCAAUGGCAUUUGUGACGAUUUUGAUUCAGAAAGUUGAGGUUGUGGAUGGAGAGGAGAAGAAGACGCUGGUGACCAAGGGCCAUCACACCAAGUUUGUGAGGGGAACUGCGAAGCCAAAGACGGACGGUGAGGUGAGGAAUUAGAAGUGUACAUUGUACAUAUUAUGUAUACUAUUAAACCGGGCGAUUUGAUGAUAUGAUGAUGAUAGAUUACAGAAGAUUAAUAGAUCUAUAGAUGGAUAACAAGGCGCGCCUUUGAGCGAUG